UCGCCUCCCAGCGCUGGAGGAAAACCCAAGCAUUAGUCAGUUGGAGCUUAUUCUGUCUGGUGGUUCGUCCUCUCGACUGAGAUGCGAGCAAUUAAGUGUCCAUCGAAAGGAUUUUUCUCGUCAAGUCUUAAGAAUUGAUUCAUCUUAUCCGCAGAAUACAAAGGAUGACCUUCGAGGGCGUUCUCGCCCGCCUGUUCGGAGCAGCAGUCUUGCCGGUGGUACGAAUCGCCCUGAUGCUGUUGGUGAGGGACGUAGGAUUCACGGAAAUCCCAACACACCUCGAGCCAGAAUACGACUUCAUAGUAGUAGGGUCAGGAUCAGCUGGAAGCAUAAUUGCAACUAGGCUUUCAGAGCAGAGAGACUGGAAAAUUUUACUCCUGGAAGCCGGCGGGAUUCCUCAGGCAGACACUUACCUCAUCCCUCUCCUUACGGCGCAGUUCAUUCCUGAAAACUCCUAUGACUGGGCUUAUAUGACUACCCAGCAAAAAUAUGCUCUGAAAAAUUUUGUUGGUCAGAGAAAUCGUUUCAUUCAAGGGCGUGUUCUGGGUGGGACAUCUUCCAUCAAUGGUCUCAUUUAUGUCCGCGGUUCCAGACAAGUUUUUGACAACUGGGCUGCGCUAGGAAAUCCUGGCUGGGAUUAUGACUCUGUCCAGAAAUAUUUCCAGAAACUGGAAGGAUACAGAGGCCCGUACACACCUGGCACCUCUCAUUAUGGCAGGGAUGGUCCUAUCGGCCUCUUACCUGUACCAAAGGGUGAACUGGCAAAGGCUUUCAUACAAGGAGGCGCAGAAAGAGGCCACCGCGUCAAUGAAGACCCCAACGGACGGGAGCAGUUAGGAUUUUCCGGAAUGGUGAUGACAGCCAAAGAUGGGCGCCGUUCUUCACCUUUCUAUGAUUACAUUAGACCUUACCUGGCGAAGCAAAAAUCAAGUAACCCUCACUUGAGAACCUCUAAUCUCCACGUCCUGCAUUCAGCUACUGUCCUGAAGGUCGUUUUCAAUAUCGAGAAGAAAGCUGUAGGGGUCGUGUUUGUCCAUGAAGGAAAGGUAAAGAGAGUGUCUGUCAAAAGAGAAGUGAUCAUUUCUGCUGGGACCAUCGGAUCACCUAAGUUACUUCUGCAUUCCGGUGUUGGUCCUCGGGAACACUUGGUACUUCAUAAUGUGGACGUGAUAGCGGACAUCCCAGGCGUAGGUCUGAAUUUGCAGGAUCAUUUUGGAGUCCUAGGACUUUGCUGGACUGUGAGGAAAGGCCUCAUACCCAACGUCCUCAAGGAUCUCGACUUCAAUGCACUGCAAGAGUUCAAUCAGUACAGAACAGGCCCUUAUGCUAGAUUCCCGGGAGAUUAUCCUAAUGCUUGGAUUAAUGUUGGAGGGGGCGCAGACCCCCUUUGGCCAAAUAUAAUGUUCUAUCUCAACUCUGUGUUGCCAACGUAUGAUCACGGCAUCUUUUAUUCAGCUGUGUUCAAUGUGAAGAAAGAGCCUUUCUAUAACUUCUUUAAAGAGCUCCAUGGACAGGAAGGCUUUUGCAUAAUGCCAGAGAUCAUUCAACCGAAGUCCAGAGGCAGUGUGAGACUUCGAUCGAGCAAUCCAUUUACUCCGCCGACGGUCGACCCAAAUUUUUUGGCCGAGGAUGAUGAUAUUCGAAAGCUUACAAGAGGAAUCAGGGAAGCCAUUGCCCUGGGGAACACUUCGGCAUUUGUAGAAAAAUUUGAAGCAAAGUUCCAUCAGAAAUCACUGAGGGAAUGCAUCUCCGAAGCCUACGGCAGCGACAGGUACUGGGAAUGUUAUAUCCGACACAUGGCGACUUCAUUCUUCCAUUACGCGGGAACCUGCAAGAUGGCGCCACCUAUGGAUCCUCUUGGCGUCGUGGAUUCCCGACUUAGGGUCAGGGGAGUGCGAGGUCUUCGCGUUGCCGACUCUUCCAUCAUGCCCCAGGUCACUACAGGCAACACUCAAGCCCCGUCGAUGAUGAUUGGAGAAAAGGCAGCAGACAUGAUCAAGGAAGACUGGCUUUACCCGACCAUAAACAAAGAUUGAGAGCUCGGGUAUUCAUUAAGAGAGAGUACAGAUAUUCAUCACUGAGAAAGCUCUACAUUGAAAGAGUAUCGUUUUCCUCUCCUAUUUACCUUCAGUGUGAUACCACACUUAGAAAUUUCAGCAGCUUGAUGAUAAAAAAAGAGAAAUGCUCGAAAACCUGUCUUUCUCUUAAGUUUGUAAGCAGUGAUGCGUUCUCAUAACUGCGGAUUGUGAUAUACUUCUGCCUGAAAUUUUGCUUGGUUUUCAGCUAUAUCUCCAACAGCAGGGAUUUGUUUGCCGUAAGACCCCGCUCAAGAUAAAAUUAAAAGAAACUUUUUUUUUGUUCAUACGGAGUAAUUUACAAUCCUGACAGUGUAAUGAAGAUAAUAAAUUCUAGAUGCGGGCGGUCAGUCUGGUCCUUCUUCCACGUCGGUUAAAUAGCCAAUCUGCUUCCCCUGCAAUUGUUCAUGGCAGUUAUGGCUCCAACAUUAACGAUGGUAAUAAGUGAUAGGAUCGGGAUGUUUCCACUUGUGUAGGUCUUAAGAAGUUAGAAGAGCAAACAGGGGCAUUUUCAAGAGAAGAAUGAUUAAGGUACAACUGUCUAGAGCUCAUUUUCAGAAGAAGGAUGUUGAUGCUUAAGGGCACUGCCACAAUAA